CAUCGAACGCAGCAAGACGCUUAUCGCCGUUCGCGCUGCACCCAAACUAGUGUGCUUUUCGUCAUCCUGCGGAGAAAUUCGUCGUGGUGGUGGGUCCAAGAUCCGAGGAUCAGAGAGCUUUUCCCGACCCUCCCCCCUCGCACCCUGGCCCGAAAAAGGGCGCCACGGUGUUAUCAGCGACUUUGUGUGUGUGAGAGUGUGUGUUGUUCAGUGAUUAGGAGCCGAUUUUCCGGAGCAGGUCGUCAGUGCUUGAAGGACUCCCGGAUUGAGCGGUCGAAGAAGCUCUCGGAACACACACACAUGUGUUUUAAACUAAAGUCCGACGAAGAUUCUUUAACUGUUUUUUUCGUGUUGGGAAAAAUUAAUGCUAAUCCGCCAGACGCGAACAGCGGCUUAAGCCGAAUUCAGCAAAGCCGGAGGUGAACUAUAGCAAGUCACUUAGGAAACAAAAAGCAGUGAAAUACAUCGAGAUCGAGAAACGGAAAGACGAAAGUCGAAUGCCGAGAACGUGAUAAAUUUGUUUUUGUGUAAAUUUUUAAUCUGAUUACCGAAAGGGUUAAUUAAGGCAGCGUUCGCGGUGUUGGGUCGUGGGCAGAACAAACACAAAAAAUAACUCAACAAGAACAGCAAAUUUUUACCGAAGAAAAUAACUAAAGUGAAUGUUAAAUAAAAGUAAGUGAAGACAACAAGAAAAUUAUGCAAAUCCACCUGUGUGGUGCAAUGUGUCGAUUGUCAGUGUCAUCAUGGUGAAGCCAGCCACCCAAUGAGGUCAGAAGUGAAAAACAUCGGCAGAAGAAAAUUUGUGAAAUUGUAAACCUAACGAAACACUAGACCAAAAAAUUAAGCUGCCAUACAAAAAAAAAAAAACGACACGGUAGUAACUGUGUGCGUGUGUGUAUGUGAUUGUUGCGUGUGUAUGAUUUUUGGCAUGGAUUUUCAAAGUGCAAUGGAAACCUUCGCCGAGGCUUGGGUGUCCGCGACCGCAGGAGCACAGACGCAAGCCCUGGCCCUGACACGUCCCAAAUCCCCCAAGAAGGAGUCGUCCGUGCCCGUGUCCCCGUCGUCGAACGGUCGUGACCUGGAAAUGUCCAGCCCCAAGGGACACCACAACCAGCAGCAGCAGCAGCAGCACCAACAGAACCAGCAAAAUCAGCAACAAACCCAACAGCAACAACACUCGUCGGACCACCACCAUCCGUCGUCCAACAGUGACAACCUGAACGGCAACUCCUCAACCCCGCACCAUCCGGCCAUCAGCGUAUCCCAGUCGUUGAUGGGAUCGGCGGCCGUGGCAGCUGCCGCAGCCAUCCGAUCGCUAACGCCCCGCAUCAGUGUGUCCAACUCGUUGACGGCGGAAAAUGGCGCGAACAGUGUCGUUGCCAGCUGUAACGCCGGCAACGGACCAACGCCAGUUGCUCCACCACCGCCGCCGCCACCACCAGCCUCGCACACCCCCGGCAGCAACAACGGCGGGCUGGCGGAUCGAGUGCCCCAGUCACCGGUGGCCGCCGUUACGGCCGUGGCCGCGGCCAUGCAGGACCGGAAGGACUUUGACUUUAGCAAAGUGAACGGUGAGUGCACUUCAACGCGAGCGACAGUUGCACAUCGUGACGGGCUAAUCAGUCCGGUUUCCGCCAAGUCCCUGCCCCUGCACUGCGUGGUCGAGUCCGUCAGCUCGCUGCAGGCGACGCUGAACUUUGACGCCCGCAGCCCCUGGAAGCGGCGCCCCAACAUCGAAACCGACAGCUACGUCAUCAUCCCGGCGGCCACCCCGUUCUGUGAUAUCGUGCAGACGGCCCUGCAGCGACUCGGCUACUCGUCGGAGAUCUCCAACGCUGCUAGAGGAUCGAUCUCCAUCAAAAACUGGAAGGCCCUCUCGCUGGACGCCAUCUCGGACAACCCGCUCGUCUCCGUGAACGACAUCCUCGGCGAGCUGACCUCGGUGGUCACGCUCAAGAUCACCAUCCUGCGCCACAAGCCCUCCCAGCUGGCCGAGAUCAAGGAUAAGCUGCUCAAGCUGUUGAUCCUGCAGUCGCACGCCGUGCUCCGGUCCACCGGCUGUCCACUCGAUGAGCUCACGUUGUCCCAGAUAUGCCGCAGUCCGCUGCAGAACACAUUCUCCUUCACGCCGGAAAUCACCGACGAAGUACGGCGAAAGUUUGACCAGUGGUGGAGCAAACAGCUGGCACCGCAGCCCAACCCGAUCGCCCACAAGAUUCUCCCCUUUGCGAACGCCGCUGCCCAGCCAAAUGAUCUGGACUUUUCCAGCUUCAACAUGCACGAAAGUCGCGAAUCGUUGCUCGAGAGCCGCCCCAAUCCGCACCAUAACCUGGUGGUGCACCCGGCACUGCAGACCGUACAUUCCCAGUACCCCAACCAGAAGACUCGCAUGCGAACCAGCUUCGAUCCGGAGAUGGAACUGCCCAAGCUGCAGCGAUGGUUCCAGGAGAACCCGCACCCAUCACGUCAGCAGAUCCAGUCGUACGUCGUUCAACUUAACUCGCUAGACUCGCGCCGAGGUCGCAAACCCCUGGACGUUAACAACGUAGUGUACUGGUUCAAGAACGCCCGGGCAGCCCAGAAACGGGCAGAAAUGCGCCAAGGAAUGACCAACGGAUACGGCAACCCCAACAUGAUGCUCUCCCAGCCGGACUACAUGAAGAGUUCACCCUCGGCACCCUCCGAGGACAUCGACAACCUCUCGCAGGACGAAAUGGACGACGAUCUGGAUCGGCCAAUGUCCCCCCAACUCCCACUCUCCCUCACAAUCCACGAACGCAACCGUCCCCUCACCCCAACCGAAGACACCCCCAUCAAGCAGGAGAACAUCCCCUCCUCAGUGAGUCCUCCACCCUCCCCACUCCCCCAAAACAACCUAAACUCCAGCAACAACAACCAAAACGAAUCCGCCAACGAAUCCACCGACCACCAGCACGACGGCCCAAAAUCAAACUACUCCAACGAGCGGUCCAGCUCCCCGCAACGCUCCCGCUCCCCAGCCUCCGAGGACCUGGACAUGGAAGACGCCGAAGGCAGCACCGUCGACGACUCGUACCGUUCCCCGUCGCCGGACUCCAAGCGGAACCUCCCGUUCGCCAUCAACAACCCCAUGUUCUCGCACUCGAUCAUGUACAUGAGUCACUACAUCCCGGCGAUGCAGGCCAACGCGGCCUCGAUGCACGGACUCAAGGCCGGCGAUCUCAGCCCGAACAACCACGCGGCGGCAGCGGCUGCGGCGGCCCUCGGUCAGGGUGGCCUCAAUCUGUCGUUUAACUCGGACGAGCGGAGGAAGCGGAAUCGGACGUUUAUCGAUCCGGUUACGGAGGUGCCCAAGCUGGAGCAUUGGUUCUCGAUGAACACGCACCCGUCGCAUAAUCUGAUCCUGAAGUAUACGGAGGAUCUGAACCGGAUGGCGUAUCGCCAAAAGUUCCCCCGGCUGGAGAGCAAGAACGUCCAGUUCUGGUUCAAGAACCGGCGCGCCAAGUGCAAACGCCUCAAGAUGUCCCUGUACGAUCCGGCCCAGCUGGCCGGACUGGCCGGCAUGGGUGGUGGCCUGGGCGGCGGCGGCGGUGCCGUUGACCAUACCCUCGUAAACAGCCUGCAUGACAGCCCCCACCUGGCCCAGCAACUGCACGAGGCGUCGGCCCAGCUGCACCAGUUCCACCACGAGCGGGAUUAGAUUUAGGUUGUUUGUUUUUUUGUUUUCGCUCAAUUUAAUUCGCGUUUAGGAGGUUCGCUUCGCGAACGAUUAAGCACUAUUAGGUAAACACAAUUUCAUACCAAAGAACGAACGAUUUCUCCCCAGUGAGGGGGCUUGUAAAUUGAGGAUUUAAAAGGGUAGAUAAUGUUGAUUUUAAAAAUGAAAGCAAAAGUAAGCUCCACUGAACGCAAGUAGUAGAACAAUACGUAUUUCAGAGCGCAGUUGUAAAUAUAGAAUAGGGUUGGUUUUACCACCGGUAAGAACUUUUAAUUAUUGCACCAGGUAGAGAAGAAAGCAUUCGUAAUACUUAUUAAAAUUAUUUCCGAAAGCGCUUGUACUGCUGCAAAUACAGCCUUUGUGAAAAUUGCAGACUUUUCCUCCCGCAGCAACGGGUUAGUUCCCACACAGAACGAGAGAGAGAGAGAGAGGGAGAGAUUGCGGCAUUCAAUUUGGCGGCUUCUCUGCUCACUCAGGCCAAGCCCAGGACACAAUUUUGUGCGUGCGUGAACGUUAUCAACGGUAAAAUGGAAUUACGCUUCUAAGUAUGUAAUUAUAUAAAUGGAAUGAAAAAUGAGGAUAUUUUCAAUAAGCACUUUCCCACCCAAACCACGGCUGACCGCCUCCCAUAUCAAAGAGUAGUGAGGUUGAAUGCCAGUUUCCAUCGAAAAAGAUGUCCUGGCCGAGGUCCACUCGUGUACAUAUCAGCAAAACCCGAACACAAAGAACACUUCCUCCCCCUCCCACGUGGCCACUGAAACAUAAAAUUUAUGAUUAUUUAUUAAUUAGUAGCGGAAAAUAGCUUCCACUCGCCCUCACUCCCCACUCAAAACUCUCCCAAUUUUGCCCAAUGAUGAUUAUUUUAGUUGGGAAACUUUUAUGAUCUCUCUCCCCCACCACCCAACUCGCAUCCUCUUCCCACCCACUCUCACAGUCCAUUGAACGUAAAACGAUUUACCCUCUCGUCACACGCCGCCCCCCCCCCCCCCCCAAACAGCAUUAAAGCCUUCAACAGGUAGUAAAAAUCACAUUCCAUUCACUCAACUGAUCGGUCAUCAUCAUUUCAUUUGGUGGCGUCGGGGCAGCGUCGACCAGUGUUGCCAGCAGCAGGUGAAAAUGAGCUUAUCGAAUCAGGCAAAAAUGUGUGCGUGUGUGCGUGCGCGUUCCACCAUUUUUCGCAUAAUCUGAUUGCAGCGCCAGCGGGCUCAUUAUCGCUGUAUGAGGCGCGUUCAACUGAAAAGUAAUAAGCUGAACUGAUUUUUGUUUUUUUUUUCGUUCCUGCUCCUCUAUCGGAAUAAGUUAUUACCCAGAAUUAAGCGCAGUCUACUCCACUCUAUUUAUGAUGAUUUAAAAUUAACCACAUUCGGGUUCGUUUUUGCUCUGUUAAAGCUCUUUCGUUGUCAAAAAUUUAAGCAAUUGUUUUCCUCCUAAAUUAAUUGUUGGUAUGAAAUACCCUGAGUUAUCGUAAGUUAUUGUUUGCAUUUAGAGACGACUGUGAAAUUAUUUGUAACAACUAAAAUAAACUAAAUUAAUCCACCCUGUAAAUAUUUAGGCACACGAAACAAACGUAGCGAGACACACUCCCACUUAAAGGUAAAAAGUAAGUUA